AUGCCAAAAUUGGUUGAAGUGAAUCUUGAGGGGAAUUCCAUCGAGGGUUCUAUCUCAGACUUAUCCAAUUCCACCAGCUUGCAAUAUCUAUUUCUUGCAAACAAUCGGUUAACGGGUGUAGUUCCACCUUUUCUGGGAUUGCUCAAUAAUAUCUCUCAAGUAUCAUUGGAAAACAACUGGUUGCAGGGUCCUCUUCCUGCAUUUAAUAAGAGUCGGGCUCCAAAGCUAAAUUUCACUUCUAAUGGAUUCUGUUUAGACCAUCCUGGACCUUGUGAUCACAGAGUCACCACUCUGCUUCAAGUUGCUCAGACACUUUAUUAUCCAUUUCUGUUGGCACAAUCGUGGCGAGGAAACAAUCCGUGUCAAGAUUGGAAUUUUAUCACCUGUGAUGAUAAGGGCAACAUCAGAACCGUAAAUUUGACCAACUUGAAUUUGACGGGAACAAUAUCUCUCUCAUUCAAGAAUUUAACGGUUCUAGAAGGAUUGUAUCUUGGUGGAAAUAGACUGAACGGUAUAUCAGCUGGUGUUGGCGUUAUUGUAAUGAUCUUUGUUGCAAUUUCUUAUUAUUGCAAGAGGCAUUUCAGUAGGAUAAUGCUGAACAAAGAAACAUCUCUUGUUCGACAAUUUGGGGAGCAAAUAAAUAAUGCAACACUAGUGAGAUAUACUUAUGCAGAAGUAGAACAGAUGACAAACUCAUUUCAAGAAGAGUUAGGAAAAGGAGGAUUUGGUAUUGUAUACAAAGGAAGUUUAAAUGAUGGUUGUCAACUGGCAGUGAAGAUACUUAAGGAGAUGAAAGGAAGUGUAGAAGAAUUUGUAAACGAGGUUGUUACUAUCAGUAGAACAUCUCAUGUGAACAUUGUUUCACUUUUGGAAUUUUGCUAUGAAAUGAAUAAACAGGCUCUUAUUUAUGAAUUCAUGUCUAAGGGCUCUUUGGAUAAAUAUAAAUGUAAAGAGGGAUCUUCCGAGUUAGAUUGGAAAACACUACUUCAGAUUGUAACUGGCGUUGCUCAAGGGUUAGACUACUUACAUCGAGGGUGCAAUACAAGAAUUUUGCAUUUUGAUAUCAAACCCCAAAAUAUGCUUCUUGAUGAAAAAUUUUGUCCAAAAAUUGCUGAUUUUGGACUAGCUAGAAUAUGCAAAAAGGAUGAAAGUGUUGUGUCUAUAUUAGACAGAAGAGGGAUUCCGGGUUAUAUUUCACCAGAAAUGUUUAGUCGAAGGAAUGGUAGAGUUUCUCACAAGUCAGAUGUAUAUAGUUAUGGAAUGCUAAUUCUUGAAAUGAUUGGAGGAAACGAUAAUUAUGAUAUUGGAGAAUCUCAUAGUACUGAAUACUUUUCUGAUUGGAUUUUGAAGGAUAUCAAAGAAGAUAAAAUUCGUCUAUUGAGAUUUGCUUCUGGAAAAGAUGAUGAAGAUAUAAUAAAAAAGAUUUUAUUUGUCGGUUUAUGGUGCAUCCAAAUGAAUCCAUCAGAUAGACCAAAAAUGUGUAAAGUGGUGGAAAUGUUACAAGGAAAACUUGAAUCAAUAUCACUAGAGUCCAUCAUAUCUUCUCCGACAGUACCUCUCUUACAGCAUUCAGAUGCAUCUCAUAGCUGA